AUGCCGUAUGUCGGCGACGGCGAUGAUUUCCAGCCAGCACGUAAACGACGAUGGGAGGGUGACCACGACAGCAAUGUCUACCGGCUCUACAACGCAGAAAAACAACAACCAGACUUCUACCUAUUGAACCGCGCGUCAGACUUUUCUGCCGCCCGCAAAAUCCUCCCGCUCUCCUCGAAAAGGGCUCGCAUCACCCACGAAGACGAUUCUCUCCAUCCCGACAGCCCUAGUAGCUUCGUACAAACGCAAUGGCGGCGACUAUCGCAGCAGAAAGUGUUCCAGGACCAGCCGGGUCUUGGAAAUCGAGUUUCUGUGGCACCCAGUGCAGCACUCCUAGCCCCCUGCUACAUAUGCCACCGGAGACCGACGAAGAAAUCCGACCUCGACUCGUUCGCAGAGUGUCAGGGUUGCGGGGAGAGGGCGUGCUUCGUGUGCAUCAGAGAGUGCCACGGAUGGAAUGCAGACAAUGACAUGUCUGUGCUUUCGGAGCAGGAGGUGCUUUCGCGAUCAUUUCACAUGGACGACGCGGACGACAUGGAGUCUGAGCCACGAGACGGUCAUCAUGGCCACUCAGGGGAUAGAAACAGCAAUACACGGCAGCUUUAUGGGCACUUCCAGAAUGCAGGAAAAGAUUCUAAAGGAUGGGCGGCGUCGGGACACCGCUCCGUCGUGUGCAGCAGGUGCUGCGUGGAGAGGGGCCGCGAAGGAGAAGUAGUUUGCUUGGGAUGUUUGUCUGGCAUGCCCGGCGCUUGA